AUGGUAUAUUUCAGAUUGGAAGGUUUAAAAAUCUCAGAUGCUUUAAUCAGUACAAUUCUCUAUUCAUGUCCGGAUAUAUGCUUUCUUAUUCUUGAUAAAAGUAAGGGUUUCACUAAUAUACCAAUUAUAGAAAUUGUGAGAUUUUCUCCAAAACUACAGCAUCUGAGUCUUAAUUCAUGUAUAUGUCUCACUAAUCGAUGUAUUACCGAAAUUGCUCGCUCAUGUCCAAAACUUAGACAUCUUGAGCUUGGUGGUUGUUCGAUUGGUGAUAAAGCUGUAGAGGAAAUAGCCCGCAACUGUACUAAUUUGAAAUAUCUUAGUUUGAAGGGUUGUAAAGGGAUUAGUGAAGAAGUGAUAAAAAAGCUCAAUCUGAAAAUUAAAAUCGAAUAUCCUCUACCUUUACUAUGGCCUAUCUUUACUGGUAUACAUCAGUUGAAACGGAUUAUGUCUGGCAUCACUGAUAUUUUAGCAUGA